AAAUAAAUCUUUUUCUCUUUUUUUUUAAUCACAAAUCCACUAUCCCAGUAACAGAUAAUAAUAACCGAAACUCAAAACCCCACAAAAUGAGAUGAAGUGAGGAGAAAAAAAAAAAAGAAAAAAGGAGUGCAGACUGCCCACACACAGUUCACAAGAGAAAUGGCAACCGCGGCCGCCGCCGGCGGGCUCGGCCUCCGGCUUUCCACCUCCUUCCUGGCCGACCGCAAUCAGAAGAAGCUCCCCCCCCGCCGCCGGCACGAAAGGCGGAGGCUGACUGCCGGCGGGGCGGCGGUGGUGGCGUCGGCGGCAGCCGAUCUCGUGGCGGAGAUCGGGCGGACUGUCUUCGUCGGCGUCGGCGUGGGGCUGCCCUGCACCGUGAUGAAAUGCGGCGACAUCAUCUACCGGAGCACCCUCCCCCGCAACGACGGCCUCACUCUGACCGCCCCCGGCGUCGCCCUCGCGCUCGCCGCCGCCUCCUACCUCUGGGCCACCCCCGGAGUCGCUCCCGGGUUCUUCGACAUGUUCGUUCUCGCAUUCGUCGAGCGGUUCUUCCGGCCCACCUUCCGGAAGGAUGAUUUCGUGCUCGGGAAGAAGCUCGGGGAGGGUGCUUUCGGAGUCGUUUAUAAGGCCUCCUUGGCGAAUCCGAAGGCCGCAGCCAAGCAAGGUGAUCUGGUGUUGAAGAAGGCGACCGAAUACGGUGCGGUGGAGAUAUGGAUGAACGAAAGAGUCAGGAGGGCCUGCGCUAGUAGUUGUGCUGAUUUUGUUUACGGCUUUCGCGAGAGCAAAUCGAAAGGUAAAGGAGCAGGUGAGUAUUGUCUCAUCUGGCGUUUCGAGGGCGAGGAUACGCUUGCGGGUCUCAUUCAAAGCAAAGAUUUUCCCUACAAUGUCGAGACAAAGAUUCUUGGGGAGGUGCAAGAUUUGCCGAAGGGAUUAGAGAGAGAAAAUAGGAUUAUUCAAACAGUGAUGAGGCAACUCUUAUUUGCUCUUGAUGGACUUCAUUCGACUGGGAUUGUUCAUAGAGACAUUAAGCCCCAAAACGUUAUCUUUUCCGAAGGGUCUCGCACCUUUAAAAUUAUUGAUCUUGGAGCAGCAACAGAUUUACGGGUGGGCAUCAAUUAUGUCCCAAAAGAGUUUGUUUUGGACCCAAGGUAUUCUGCACCAGAGCAAUACAUCAUGAGUACUCAAACACCGUCUGCUCCCUCUGCUCCAGUUGCGACUGCCUUAUCUCCAGUGCUAUGGCAGAUGAAUCUUCCUGAUCGAUUUGACAUGUACAGUGUGGGCCUGAUAUUCUUGCAGAUGGCUUUUCCCUCAUUACGAACCGACAGCAGCCUUAUACAAUUCAACCGGCAACUGAAGAGGUGCGGGUAUGACUUGGCCACUUGGCGUAGAUCAGUUGAACCUCGGGCCCCGCCGGAUCUGCGAAGGGGCUUCGAGCUAUUAGAUUUGGAUGGAGGGAUCGGAUGGGAGCUUCUAACAUCGAUGGUGCGGUAUAAAGCGCGGCAAAGGACCAGUGCAAAAGCCGCUUUGGCUCAUCCAUACUUCAAGCAGGAAGGGCUUCUUGGCUUGUCUUUCAUGCAGAAUUUGAGUUUGCAGCUGUUCCGUGCCACCCAAAAGGAUUACAGUGAAGCUGCUAAUUGGGUUAUUAAGCUUAUGGCGAGGUCGGGGACGGCGACAGAGGGUGGCUUCACAGAGGCCCAACUUCAGGAUCUAAGGGAAAUAGCGCCAAAGAAGGACAGCGCGCAGCGCAAUGUGCUCGCGUCGGUGCUUCGUCUGCAGAGGAAGAUCAUUCGGAAUCUCAACGAGAGCAUGGACGAGCUAAAUAGGCAGCAGAAAAGCCUAUGGUGGAGCAGGUGGAUUCCGAGGGAGGAGUAAAAUUAAGUAAAUAGCAUCUAUACUUGUUAGUUUGUAAAUUUUGUGCAGUAGUAGUUGAAUGUAUUCAACAACUUCCCUUCGAGUACUGCGUAAUCACUCGUCGACAAAGAUUAAUGUAUACAUAUUUUCUCAGAAAAUUAAUUACUGAAGGAUCUUGAAGAAAUUUAUUGUUUCUUUUUCUUUUCUUGUU